AUGUCAAAUCCAUCACCACACGCUUCGGUGAGCCCAAGAAACGAAUCGCAAGAUUCGCCGGCAGCUCCUACAGCCACUGAGCCCGUUGCCGCUGCGACUGAGCCUGCAGCGAUUGACGUCGAUGAUGGAGCAAGCGAAAAUGCGUCCACGAUUGAUGAUCAAAUGUACGCAAGCCUCACUACUGCCUUUCAAGGUCUGAGCUCUUGGGGACGAGGAGCUAAUCGUCGCAGGUCCUCAUACACAGCCUCGCUCACGUCUUCAGUCGUGGAUUACCCAACAGAGUACGGCCGUCGGUACCACGCUUUCCGCGCUGGAGCGUACAACUUUCCCAAUGACGAGGACGAAAUGGACCGCCUCGAUUUGGUGCACACGUUGAUGGUCAAGACCAUUGGAAAUAAACUAUUCCUUGCGCCUAUCAAGGAAGCAAAACUGCAUCGCGUUCUGGAUGUUGGUACCGGCACUGGCAUUUGGUCCAUCGAGAUGGGAGACCUGUUCCCUGGAGCCGAGAUCAUCGGCAAUGAUCUGAGUGCCAUCCAGCCAAAGUGGGUUCCGACGAAUGUCAAGUUCGAAAUCGAUGAUGUCGAGAGCGAGUGGGUUGGGCAGAACAAGUACGACUUCAUCUUCAGUCGAUACCUGUCCGGCUCGCUAGCAGACUGGCCAACCUACGUCAACAGGGUCUCUCAAAAUCUCAAUCCUGGCGGUUGGGCCGAAUUCCAGGACUGGAGCUUCAUGCUCCAAAGCGACGACGGCACGCUCAAGGACACCGCUAUCCAGCGCUGGGCUGACACCUUCAUGGACGCCUGCAAGGUAUUUGGACGCGACGCCCAGAUCGGUCCCAAGCUCAAAGACCUGGUACAAGAUAACACCGACCUUAUCAACGUCCACCACGUGCCGUUCAAGAUCCCCAAUGGUCCCUGGCCCAAGGACGCACAUCUCAGAGACCUUGGGAUGUGUAACUUGAUUCAACUCCUGGAAGGGCUCGAGGGAUUCUCGCUCAAGCUCCUCUGCGGAGGUCUUGCUUGGACGAAGGAGGAAGUACUGGUCCUGUGCUCUCAAGUUCGUGAGGAGUUGAAAUCGGGCAAGGUACAUGCGUGGUAUCAUUAUGACGUUGUCUAUGGACAGAAGCCUGAGAAGGAAGAAUAA